AAGCACAUUAAACUGGAUUUACCAUUUUAAAGAAUCUAGAAGAAACACCUUCAUUGUGUACUUGUAGUUUUAUAUGUUUCUUAUAUUUUGAACCAUGUUCAAUGAAGUGUUAGUAAUGUAGAAAAUAACCUACUUUUACUUGAUUCACUUAUAAGUGAUUCUAUUUGAAGACUUUUUUGCUUUUUUGGGAGGUCAUUGUUUUCUCAUUCCCCAACAUUGCUUGUCCAGUAAUGAUUGAUGCUUCUCUUUUUAUGCUACUAUUUGAUCCUUGACAUACCUAAACUUGUGCUGAUUUUAAUCCUAUGCUGUUUCAUAAUUGGAGAAUUUAGUGGUUUCAGGCUGAUAGCAAUAUUAGUUGUAUGAUUUUUUUUUAGGGCAAAUAAUAUGAUUUAUAUCAGUAGUAAAAGAAAUUGUACCAUGGACAGUAUUUUAUCAGUUGCUAUGCCUCCACUUAGUGAUUGAGAAGACUUUCACAGUUUCACUUGUAGACCAUUGACGUAGUGCUGCCAAGUUUACAUCAGAACAAUGUCUGUACUGUAUUUUACCCUCCCAAAUCAAGUUUGUUUUGAUUUUUUCAACUAAAAGAAGUGAUAUUUCUAGAACUAUGAAUACUAGUCUUUUGUAGAACACUUUAGGUAAGUAAGAUCAACUCAUUUCCAUUUCGUUGCUUUCAAGUUUCUAAUUAUUCCACAACAUGCUGUUAGGAUGAGGAAGAGAAAGAGAAAAAAAUGUUGAUCAUUGAUGAGAUAUGAAGUGAUGGAUGUCCCUCUUUUAUACAAUAGUUUCCUUCUUGUUGGAGGGGAACUUGUGUCAUUGGAGCACUGGCUUUCAAAAGGUCUCUCCAAGAUUGGGAGUUAGAAUUGGUGGUGAUAUUUGGAGUGCAUUCAGUCUGUGGGACUGCAAGAGGUGAGGACGAUUAGGUUAGUUUGGAGGGGUGUAAAGGAGUGGAUUUUCCUGGUGAAAUCUUUUUAUAAUGCUUUGUCUUUGGUAGCCUUAAAUUUUUUUCAUUUUUCUUUUCAAUCUUUCAAAGGAGGUGUGGAGCUCAAGCCCCCCUUCUUAGGGAUUCUAACCAUAGACCAACUAAAGAGAAUGGGAUGACCCAUGGUCAACUGAUAUAGUUUAUGUAACAUGUGUGGGGAGACAGCUAACCACAUCUUUAUUUACUGUAGUAAUGCCCAGUUGCUGUCAGAUAUCUUGUUUGCAAUUCUUGGAUUUAGUGGGUUUUUCCAAGGACGAUCAGGGAUUUUCUACUGAGUUGUGGAGGAAGGCGUAGAGAUUGUCUCCUCUUACAGAAGAAAAGGAAUGACAAAAUCUUCAAAGGGAGGAAGUUUCUGAUCAGAUAUUGAAAAAGAUGCAGAACCCAAAUCAGUAAUGGAUAUGGCUCUCAUUCCAAACAUUGACCCAAGAGAUAUUGGAUUGGGUUCUUCAGAAAAGGGCAAUGUUGGUCCUGCAGCAAAACCAAGAAAGAAGACAAUGACAUCAGUUUAUCUCAAGUUUUUUGAGACAGCUCCUGAUGGGAAAAGUCGUAGGUGUAAAUUUUGUGGACAGAGCUAUUCUAUUGCAACUGCCACUGGCAAUUUGGGAAGGCACCUGAGCAACCGCCACCCAGGAUACGAUAAGUCCGGGGAUGCUGUCACCAGUUCGGCCCCACAGCCUAUCACAAUAGUCAAGAAACCUCAAACUCAAGUGAAAUCACCACAAGUGGAUUUCGAUCAUUUGAACUGGUUGCUAAUAAAGUGGCUCAUUUUGGCCUCACUCCCUCCUUCAACCUUGGAGGAAAAGUGGCUUGCAAACUCCUUUAAAUUUCUCAAUCCGUCAAUUCAACUCUGGCCAGGUGAAAAGUAUAAAGCCGUAUUCCGUGAAGUUUUCAGAAGCAUGAGAGAAGAUGUAAGGGCAUCUUUGGAACAGGUUUCAUCAAAAGUAUCGAUCACAGUUGAUUUCUGGACAUCCUAUGAACAGAUUUUUUAUAUGAGUGUUACAUGUCAUUGGAUUGAUGAAAACUGGUGCUUUCAAAAGGUUCUUCUUGAUAUUUGUCACAUACCUUACCCUUGUGGAAGCAAUGAGAUCUAUCACUCACUGAUAAAGGUUCUCAAGAUGUACAAUAUUGAAAGCAAAGUCCUAUCCUGCACCCAUGAUAACAGUCAGACUGCCAUGCAUGCAUGCCAUUCCUUAAAAGAGGAUUUGGAUGGUCAGAAAGUGGGACCCUUCUGCUACCUCCCUUGUGCUGCUCGCACUUUGAACAUGAUCAUAGAUGAUGGAUUAAGAACCACAAAGCCAGUAAUCUCUAAGAUCCGGGAGUUUGUACUGGAGAUGAACUCAUCCUCAGAGAUUUCUGAGGAUUUUAUUCAAUUCACAACUGUUUAUCAAGAAGGCAGUUGGAAGAUUCCGCUUGAUGCUUCAGCCCGGUGGAGCGGCAAUUACCAGAUGCUUGACAUUGUGUGCAAGGCUGGCAAGUCCAUGGAUGCUGUCAUCAGGAAGUAUGAGGAGACCCUAAGCGGUAGGAUGUUGCUCAACCCUGCAGAGAAGAAUGCAGUUAACAUUGUGUAUGUGUAUUUGGAAGCCUUCUACAAAAUCACACUCAACAUGAUAAACAAGGUGCCAACAAUUGGUCUGGUUCUUUUCUUCAUGGAUCACAUUUCCGAAACGAUUGCUGGUUGCAGAGAAUCCCUUCGUAGUCCAGACUGGCUAAAGAAUGCUGCUGAAGAAAUGGCCAAAAAGACUCGCAGCUACAGCAAUCAGGUAUGCAAUAUAUUUACAUACAUGACAGCAAUUCUUGAUCCCCGAAUCAAAGCUGAGCUCAUUCCAGAGAGCCUCAACUCGGAAACCAAUCUAGAGGAAGCAAGAACCCAUUUCAUGAGAAAUUAUUCAACAAACCAUUUCCCAUCCAUUGCCAGUGGAUAUAGUGCUCAAGAGAUUGAGGAUGGGGCGAGUGUUUCUUUUGCUGAGGAAAUUGCUAGAAAGAAACGAAGGGCAAGCAUGAGCACCGCCACUGACGAGCUCACCCAGUACCUGUCAGAGCCACCUGCUCCAAUACCAACAGAUGUUUUGGAGUGGUGGAAGGUGAACACUACGCGUUAUCCACGGCUAUCUACAAUGGCCCGUGAUUUCUUGGCUGUUCAGGCAACUUCUGUAGCACCUGAAGAAGUGUUUUGUGGCAAAGGAGAUGAGAUGGAUAAACAACGGUUCUCAAUGCCACAUGAUAGCACACAAGCUCUCCUAUGUAUUAGGUCAUGGACGCAUGGUGGAAUCAAAUUGAAGUAUAAAUCAACUGAGAUAGACUAUGAAAGCCUGAUGGAAUUAGCGACGGCUGCAGCAGAUAAUGGCACUGCAGGCUUCGACAAGAAACAAAAAUGAGGAGAGAAAAACAGGACUUGUAACCAUAAAGAAAAUGAAAAUGGAGAGGUUUUAGCAGCAACUUGGGUCACGCAGCAACAUGGAUACCUGUAAUGUAGCUUCAACUCAGAAGCAGGAAUGGGUGUUCCAUUUACAUUCUCUUUGUUGUAUGUAAUUUGAUUGUACAGAUGAGAAUUUGAGAGAAUGCUAACCAGAAGAGAGGGAGAUAUGGCCUUUAAAUUAUUAGUGUUAUGGCGACAGUUUGGAACAUGCUGAUGUCAAAUUUUUGUUCAAUUUAGGCCACUAAGUAAAUAUUUGUUUGUGCUUUAA